GGAUCAAAAUCUACAAGUGAUUUCGAAGAGAAUUUUGAAUAUGGUCCGUAUAGCUUAUUACAUGCUGAGGAAAGGAAUUUGUAAGAGCAAGCUUAUGGGCGACCUCACAAAUCUCAUGUCCAAACGUCGCAAAAUCACCGGCAAAGCCAUCGCGAAUCUCAUGUUCCACCACCAAGAUGGUGCCGCCUCUGCCUUCUCCCUCGCCCCUUUUCGCCGUAACCACCACCCCGAUGGCACCGCCGGUCACUACGAAUUUAGCUGCCGCAACAGCCCUGCUUUUCCCAGCUUCCAUUACUUUAACAAACGCCGUCAUUUCUUCACGUGUACUCAGACACCCAACACGCUGGACGAUGACGUGGCCGCGAUGAAUGCUUUCAAGACUGUUUUGGAAGUUCUGAACAAUGACAUGGCGUCCCCAGCGGUACCCGAGUUUGGGCGAAGCCCGAUGGUGGUGAGGCAGCUGAGAGUUACUGACUCGCCGUGUCCGGUUGCGGGAGCUGCCGUGGAGGACAGCCACGUGGAUAAAGCGGCGGAGGAAUUUAUAAACCGGUUUUAUAAGAAGCUUCGGUUACAGAAGAUGGGGGAGUAAAAGGGAAGUUUUGAAGAUGAAAAUUAAGGGUGCUAAGUUUUGUCUAAUCUUUGUACGUAUUGUGCUUUGU